AAAUGUGAUGGUAAAAUAUUUAAAAAAUACAAGUGGAUAAAAGGUUUUUACUGUAUUAUUAAUGUGUAGGUGCUAUCAAAUCCAUAUAUGACCUACAUCUAAUGCUCAAAUACACCUUUAUUUCAUAUACACCUUAUCUCAUUGUCUUAAGUCAUAGCGUAAGACAAUUUAUAGCAUAUUUUUGCACAUUGAAUGCCAUUCAUUAUUAUUUGUUACACUAUUUCAUAAUUUAAUACUUAAAAUAUUUAAAACACUUAAUAAGUGACUUAAACAUAAUAUAGUAUUUAAUAAAUUAAUCUAAUUGUGAAGUGAAUUGCAAAGAAUGCCUAUCGACUUAUACUACAUGCCGGAGUCGCCGCCCUCUCGGGCCGUACUAAUGGUGGCCAAACAUCUGAACGUUGCCGUCAAUAUCAAACACGUCAACAUCACUGAAGGCGAACAAUUGAAACCGGAAUUUAUCGAGAUAAACCCGUUCCAUACGAUCCCCACAAUAGUGGACGACGACCUGACUCUAUGGGAAAGUCGAGCCAUUAUGACAUAUCUGUGCAAUCAAUACGCGCCCGACUCUGCGCUCUAUCCCGAAGAUCCCGAGAAGAGGGCGGCCAUUGAUAAAUGGCUGCAAUUUGACCUAGGAUCACUUUAUAAAGCCAUUUGCGACUAUACGGACCCAAUGUGGACGGGUAGCAUAAAACUGGACAAACAGAAAGAGCAGACUCUGUGCGCGGCGUUGGAAGUGUUGGACAACCAGUUGUCGGCCAAUAAGUACGUGACGGGCAAAGUGUUGACUCUGGCGGACCUGUCGAUCAUCAAUGGUAUCGACUAUUUGACUGACGUUAUGGAGUACGACAUCACUAACCAUAAGGACUAUAAGUUUGUGGCCGGUUGGCAGGCGAGGCUCAAACGCCGGGAACUUCCCUAUUAUCGCGAGAUAUGCGAGGAUGGGAUCGAGAAUUUGAGAAAUUUUGUGCGAACCCUAAUCCAGAAUUCAAACACUAAUCCGGCGGCUAAAUGAGAUUGUGUUUUGCUCAAAACAACCAUGCUGCCUUUUUAUCCUAAGCUCAUUUAGUGUAAUGCCAGACAUUUAUCGCUUAUAUAUUGUGUCGCCAAUGAAUUGCUAAUUCAUUGAGAG